AUGUACGCCAAGGCGCUUAUCGCGGUCCUAUUGGGCCCCGUCCUCGUCUCGGCCCAGCUCAACACCCUUGCUGUCCGCGCUGGUCUGAAGUACUUCGGAACUGCCGUCGGUGAAGGCCAGGUUAACGAUGCUACCUACAGAGCUGUCGUGAACAACAAGAACGAAUUCGGUUCUUUGGUUCCCGAGAACGGGCAGAAGUGGCAAAACACCGAGCCAAGCCAGGGCUCGUUCUCUUACAGUAACGCAGACAUCGUUCCCAACAUUGCCAAGGCAAACGGCCAGAUUCUGCGAUGCCACACUCUGACAUGGCACUCUCAACUCCCGAGUUGGGUCUCCAGUGGAUCGUGGACCGCCGCUACCCUGACAUCCGUCAUCGAAACUCACAUCUCAAAUGUCAUGAAACAUUACUUGGGCCAGUGCUACGCCUGGGAUGUUGUUAAUGAAGCUGCUGACGACGACGGAAGCUGGCGCAAGAGUGUCUUCUACAACGUGCUCGGCACCGACUUCCUCCCCAUUUCUUUCAGAGCAGCCAAGGCCGCUGAUCCUAACACGAAGUUGUACUAUAACGACUACAAUCUGGAGUAUAAUGGCGCGAAAACCAACCGCGUUUACGAGGCUGUCACAAUCGUCCAGAAAGCUGGCGCCCCUAUUGAUGGUGUUGGUUUCCAGGGCCACCUGAUUGUCGGCUCAACCCCUAGCCGCAGCGCUCUUGCUACCGCCCUUCGCCGCUUUACCGCUCUGAAUCUGGAGGUUGCCUACACUGAGCUCGACAUCCGCCACUCCAGCCUCCCGGCCUCCUCGGCUGCCAGUGCAACUCAGGGCAACGACUACGCCAACGUUGUCGGCUCAUGCCUCGACGUCGCUGGCUGCGUCGGUGUGACCAUCUGGGGAUUCACGGACAAGUACAGCUGGAUCCCCUCAACCUUCUCGGGAGCGGGUGAUGCCCUACUUUGGGACUCUAAUUACAACAAGAAGCCUGCGUACACUUCCGUGUCCUCCCUCCUCGCUGCUGCUGCGACCGGUGGUUCCCCGCCCCCGUCGACCACGACUGCCCCCGCCCCCGGAACGACGUUGACCACCAGCUCCGCUUCCACCACUACGACCGCAGUUCCUGGUGGCGGCCAGUCUCAGAAGUACGGCCAGUGCGGCGGCCAAGGCUGGCCCGGUCCUUUUGCUUGCGUCUCCGGCACCACCUGCACUUAUGUCAACGCGUGGUACAGCCAAUGCCUGUAG